AUGGUUGCCAUGGAUGAAGAAGCUUUAGGGUGGUUCCAAUGGUGGGAAUCUUGGAACCCAAACCAUUCUUGGGAAGGGUUCAAGAUCGCAAUCUCCCAAAGGUUUCAAGCUUCUAACCUAGGGAAUCCUUUUCAGGCAUUGUUGGCACUAGAACAGGAAAAAGCAGUGCAAGAAUUCAUAGGCCAAUUCGAGAAGCAUGUCGGAAUGGUGAAGGGGUUGGAGGAACCGUUUCUGGUGAAGGUGUUUCUUAAAGGGCUAAAAGAAGAGAUCAACACUAAGGUAAGGCUCUAUGAACCAAAAAACUUGAUGGAAUCUAUGGUCAAGGCUUGGAAAGAACCAUGGAAGGGAAACAAGUCAAACACCGCCACAAAGAACCAGGAACAAGUGAUAGUUGAAGGUAGUGAAUCCUCCAAAGGAAAAACAACAUGCCAAACUUCUCAGAAAUCAAACUACAACAACAACAAGGAGUGGAAGCUCGACAAAAGAAAGGUGAAAUGCUACAACUGUCAAAAACUUGGUCAUUAUGCAAAAGAAUUUUGGCAUGGAGAAGGUGCCAAGAACAAACUCAAUAAUCAUGCAAAUUUGGCUCAAGAUGAAGGCUCAGAUUCUGAACUUGUAUUGCUUAUGGCUACCAUUAGCAGUGAAUCAUCAAGCGACUUCUCAUGGUACUUAGAUUCUGGUUGCUCCACUCAUAUGACAAGGAAGAGGGAUUGGUUCAUCAAUCUAAAUAAAUCAUCCAAGAGCUGA